AUGGAGAAGACGUCCUUAAAGUCCUCAGCCACGCAAAAGUCACUCCCAUGCAGGUUCUGUAACAGGCAUUUUCGACGCUUGGAGCAUGUCCAACGACAUGAACGGACACACACGAAGGAGACCCCCUUCAGGUGCCCAUGCGGCAAGUCGUUCAGCAGAAGAGACCUCCAACGGCGCCACGAGAAAGCUGCACACGGUGGCCAGGCCUGUGGAUACUAUGUAUCUCCAUCGCCGGCGCGAGUUGAUCAAAUCGCGGUCAAUGAGGCCAACAAUCAACUUAAGAAUUCUGAGAUAUCGUUCCAUGAUGCAGUGUCAUUCCAGACAGUCACAGAUCAAUGCCACCAGGCGCGACCCACAUCCCACGUCGAGGUACGCCCUCGACAGGAUGGUACCCAACUGCAACCGCUUCAUCCCGAGCUCGGCUUUCGAUCAAACGAUGAUAAUGCAGAGAUGCCGCUUCAUGGCAACACUGCUUCGGCAGUGGAAAUCCCUGCUCGAAUGAUGAGUGACGAUAGAACGAUGGCCACUGAUUCAUAUCAGUUGGGCCAGAGCAAUCUGAGCGUUGAGCCUCACGACCUGUAUGGCCGCUUUGAUGCGUUUGACUCGUUCUUGGACAUGACAGAUUUCUCAACGUUCAUCCCACCAGAACUCUCCGCUGAGCCGUUCCUUCAGAUCCCAACCUAUGGUGCAGAUCAAACACAAGGUCAGACUUCCCAGAACACACUGAUGGUGGACACGGCAGGAUCUCAACCCAGAUGCGAUUCUACCACUGGCGGCACGCAUGCUGGCGGAGAGCAAGAUACAUCUUUCUCUCGGUUUGGCUCCCCGCUUCCCAACCCGCAUUUUGAACCCAGAGACCAAAUUCCCAAGCCGCCAAAGUCCGCGCUUACUUCAUUGCCACGCCCUGUCUGGAAGAUAUCGGAGGCCGAGUAUCGGCACAUCCAGGCCAAGAUUGAGGCCUUCUCUGAUGUGUUUCCGAAAGACUUCAAGCUCCCAUCAAGACAUACGGUGUCUCGGUACCUGGAAGGGUGCAUCAAGGGUCUGCACGUACAUGUCCCUUGCCUGCACAUUCCGACCUUUUCCGUGACUAGGGCAGCUCCAGAACUCAUACUGUCAAUGGCCGCAAUCGGGUCACAAUUUCGUUUCGAGAGCCACGCGAGUCCAAUGUUAUUCUACGCAGCAAAGGCGGUUAUCAUAGAGCAGUUGCAUCGGCGCGAAAGGGACACGGUUCGGCAAUUGCUAUCUGACCCAUCGUCGUCCGGGAUGUCUCGCCCGACGAUAAAUUCAACACCGCCGGACGGCAUGGAAGGCCCAUCUCGGAUUUCCGAAUACGCGGACGCACAGGGGAAUGGGUAUACCUCAGGAUCGACCCAGGACGAUGAUUCCAUCGGGCAAGUGUUGCAGACGGCACAAGCGGUGAUCGGUCUCCUUAUCAUGGGUGCCUGGGGACCUAAACAAUUAGUCCGCGAGGCAAUGUCCCUGCAGAGCCUGGCAGCGACACUUGCCAGAGAUGAUGGGUUUGCGCGCCUCGAGGGCCCGGAAGCCCCCACAUCAACAGAAUCGGGAUGGCAUGCAUGGGUUCGCAUCGAGAGCGGAAAGCGCAUGAAGCUCAUGAUCUAUUCUAUGCUGCAAUUGUUGUCCACUGCUUACCACACACCGCCAAUGAUGCUCACCUCGGAAGUCGACUGCCAUCUUCCAGCAUCGGCGAGUGAGUGGAAUGCAAAGUCAUCGGAGGAGUGGGAAGAGGUCCGCCGCCACUCUUCCGUGGUCAAGGAAAGACCUUUCCAAGACAGUUUCGACGCGCUGUUUCAGUCCAACCCCAAUCAAGCGAUCAACGCAGCUCUGUCGCCUUUGGACAACUACAUCCUAAUCCUGGCACUUCUCCAGCACAUCUUCCUGCGCCAACAAACCUUGUAA